UGUGCGUUCCGGAGCCGCACCAUCGGUGCGUAAUUGUGCACGACUGGACGGCAGAUGUUCCACCACUGGGACGCUCUGUCUCUGCAUCUUAACUCUACCUACAUUUUUUUUCUCUCCCCCUCUUUCUCUCUCGGUGUAGGCGUGUGUUAACUCGGUCCUCUCAAAAGAAAAAAAAAAGUUUUUGAAAGAAAGAAGAGGAGAAAAGAACAGAGAGAGAGAGGGGGAGAAAAAGUGGGCAACAACUUCCAAGCGCCCCGGUUCUUAUACCGGAGAGUUUGUCGUCAUCAUCACCCCCAGAUAUCUCCCCCCUGUUCGGCUCCCUAAAUGGACGCGGCAGUCCCUGCGUGUGCAGUUCAGCGCGGCCCAACACACUGGAAGCAGCUUCAGCUUGGCGUGUAGACGGGGGGAGGACGCUGAGAAAUGCCCGGCCGCCUCGCUGGAGCUCUGCUCUGAGCACUUUUGUUCUGCGUUUCGGGCUAUUGCACGGGAGGUGGAGAAGGAGACCCUGCUCACAAAGUUUACAGCAGAAACGGAAAAGUUAGAGAAGUGGCAGCUCUCAAACUUUAGCCCUCGCUAUGGAUUGUAUAUAUUUAUUGAUGUGCUUUUCUCUUAGUCAAGUAUAUUUAGAACCUAUUUUGGCUGCAGAAUCAGAUGAAAAACUUGCUGCAAAGUUGAGUGAAUAUGGUCUCAUGGUGCCAUUCAGCACAGACUCCCAUGGCCGGUACAUUUCUCACGUGGUUUCUGCUGGAGGUGAAAACAAAAGUGAAGCUGCUGCUGAAAAUCUCUCAACCCCUGGCAGCAGAAGAAGGGUGGCCCGCGGUGCCCCCCAGAUGCCCUCGGUCACCUCCAGCUCGGGGCAGCACUUGUUUUUCAAUGUCACCUUGUUUGGGAAAGAGCUCCACCUUCGCCUCAGGGCCAACAGGAGGCUGGUGGCCCCCGGGGCUUUCGUGGAAUGGCAGGAGGACUUUGAGGAAAAGACCAAGGAACGCAUCCAUGGGGACUGUGUCUUCACUGGUGAUGUGACAGACAUGCCGGAGGCCUCUGUGGCUAUCAGCAACUGUGAUGGACUGGCAGGCCUCAUCCGCACUGACAAUGGCGAGUUUUUCAUCGAGCCACUUGAGAAAGGCCAAAAGGAUGUGGAAGUAAAGGGGCGGGUGCACGUGGUCUACCGUCGAUCGGCCAUCAAGCAGGAGACGGGCCAGCGGAGGGAGGACUUACACAACGAAGUGGCAGACGUUGGCAUCGCAGACCUCCCCGCAGCUCUGGAUCUGGUCGGUCAUAAACUGUCCGAGUCCGAGCGCAAGAGAAGGCACGCAAAGACAGACGACUACAACAUCGAGGUUCUGCUGGCUGUGGACGACUCAGUGAUACGUUUCCACGGCAAGGAGCACGUGCAGAAUUACGUUCUCACCCUAAUGAACAUUGUUGAUGAGAUCUACCACGACGAAUCUUUGGGAACCAACAUCAACAUCGUGCUCGUCCGCAUGAUAAUGGUCGGCUACAGGCAGUCUAUAAGCCUGAUCGAGCGUGGCAACCCAUCCCGCAGCCUGGAGCAGGUGUGCCGAUGGGCCAACACUCAGCAGCGGCACGACCCCGAGCACGCUGAGUACCACGACCACGCCAUCUUCCUCACAAGGCAAGAUUUUGGUCCCGCAGGUAUGCAAGGUUAUGCUCCAGUUACCGGCAUGUGCCACCCACUGAGGAGCUGCACCUUGAAUCAUGAAGACGGCUUCUCCUCCGCCUUCGUGGUUGCACACGAAACAGGCCAUGUGCUGGGUAUGGAGCACGAUGGCCAGGGGAACCGCUGUGCUGAUGAAACCAGUAUGGGCAGCAUCAUGGCCCCGCUUGUCCAAGCAGCUUUCCAUCGUUAUCACUGGUCACGCUGCAGCAAACAAGAGCUCAACAGAUACAUUCACUCCUAUGAUUGCCUACUGGAUGAUCCCUUUGAACACAAGUGGCCCAAGCUUCCUGAGCUUCCAGGGAUAAACUAUUCAAUGGACGAGCAGUGCCGCUUUGAUUUUGGCAUUGGGUACAAAAUGUGUACAGCUUUUCGAACCUACGAUCCUUGCAAGCAGCUGUGGUGCAGCCACCCUGACAAUCAGUAUUUCUGUAAAACCAAAAAAGGUCCUCCUGUGGAUGGGACAGAGUGUGCACCUGGAAAGUGGUGCUUCAAGGGUCAUUGCAUCUGGAGGUCCAGCCAAGAGCCGCAGGGGCAUGACGGAAACUGGGGCUCCUGGUCAAAGUUCGGGUCGUGUUCCAGGACGUGUGGAGGUGGAGUUCGCUCCCGCAGCAGACAGUGCAACGACCCUCCGCCUGCCUACGGUGGUCGAGAGUGCCCAGGCUCUGCCUUUGACUACCAGAUGUGCAACACUGAGGAGUGUGCUGGCCCUUAUGAGGACUUCCGGGCUCAGCAAUGCAUCCAACGGAGCAACAAAUACCACAACAACAUCAAGCACACCUGGCUGCCGUAUGAGCACCCAGAUGAGGCCCGCAAAUGCGAACUAAGCUGUAAGUCGAAGGAAACCGGAGAGGUGGUGUUCAUGAACCAGGUGAUGCAUGAUGGGACGAGGUGCAGCUACACGGACCCCUUCAGCGUAUGUGCUCGAGGAGAGUGUCUGCACGUAGGCUGCGACAAGGAGGUUGGCUCUUACAAAGAUGAGGACAAAUGUGGAGUUUGCGAGGGCGAUAACUCCCACUGUCGGACUGUGAAGCUUACGCUCACUAAGACCCCCAAAAAGAAUGGAAUGCUUAAAGUGUUUGAUAUCCCAGUGGGAGCCCGACACAUAAUCAUUGAAGAAAACAGCACGUCCCCCCAUUUCAUUGCUGUGAAGAAUCAAGUUACUGGGCACUUCAUUUUAAAUGAGAAAAGUGAAGAUGCUGAAUCAAAGACCUUCAUCGAAAACGGUUUACAGUGGGAAUACUCUAUUGAUGGAGGAAGGGAGACCUUAAAAACAGCUGGUCCUCUGCAUGAAGGCAUUGUGGUUCUGGUCAUUCCACUGGAAGAAGAUGUCAAAAUUAGCUUGACUUAUAAGUACAUAAUACACGAGGACCUGUUGCCACUCAUUACCAACAACAACGUGCUUCUUGCCGAGCUGGACACGUACGAGUGGGCGCUGAAAAGCUGGUCUCAGUGUUCCAAACCUUGUGGCGGAGGUAUACAAUACACAAAAUAUGGAUGCAGGAGGAAGAGUGACGGUCGUUUAGUCCAUCGAAACUUUUGUGAAACAAGCAAAAAGCCGAAACCCAUCCGCAAACGAUGCAACGUGCAAGAGUGCAGCCAACCUACGUGGGUGGUGGAAGACUGGAGCCCCUGCAGUAAGACCUGCGGGAAGCUCGGCUAUCAGACCAGGGUGGUGCAGUGCAUGCAGUCGCUCCAAAAUGGCACGAGCAGGGCUGUCCACAGCAAGCACUGCACCAGCGAUCGCCCGGAGAUGAGGAGAGCGUGUAACUACACUGCAUGUCCUGCUCAGUGGAGGACCGGGGCGUGGUCUCAAUGCUCGGUGACCUGUGGAGAAGGGAUUCAGCAAAGGCAGGUGGCUUGCAAGGCCAGCGACAGCAUGGUCACCGACUGUGAGGGCGAGAAGCCAGAAACUGUCCUCAUCUGCAAACUAAGUCCGUGUCCAGAUAAUUCUACAGUGAAUGAAAAAGCUGUACUGGAUGAAGCUUCUGAAAACCCUUUCCAGAAACUUUCUUCUAAUGAGCCAUGUCUGGGGGAUAAAUCCAUUUUCUGUCAAAUGGAAGUUCUGGCUCGUUACUGUUCCAUCCCUGGAUAUUAUAAGCUUUGUUGUGAGUCAUGCAACAAAAAGGAAAGCCUCACAACACAUGUUCCUGACUCCAGCUCCAAGACUGAGCCAGAGACCUCCACACCCACCCAUUCUGCCUCAGCCAAGGCUUCGUGGCUGGCAACCACCACCCAGAGCCUGCCAAAAACCACUAAAGCCAUGAGACGACGGUUGUUCUCCACCACCCCAGCACCAACCACCGCUGCCGCUGCUAAGGUUCUUCCACCAACAGAUGCUGCUCUGUCCCCGCGUCCCACCAGCGACUCCUUCCCAAACGAAGAGAGGAGAGAUUCCCGUUCGGAUACUCGUCUACCUCCGGGGCCACCGAGGCCCAAGCCAGACUCCAGUGGAGGUGUGCCGAAAGAGCACAAUCCGAAGAGCACUUUAGGCCCUGCCGUCGCCAGGCCAAGAAGGGACAUUUUAGGAUCAGAGAGGGACUCGAGUCACAGAACCCCGUCGGCUCAGCAAUGAACAGUGAGCAAAGCUGUGAGCGUUAGUGGGACUGAUCUGAAAAAAAAAAAAAAAAUCAGCUCACUUCUUGUCUUCUUUUGUUUUUUUAACAUGUUUUUUUUUUUCUAUGCCAGUGAACCCUGACAAGCCCAGUGACGGUUACCUCAUCAAAACCUCAGAGCAAAAUGUGUGAAGCGUCUGCAGGCGCUCUGCCCUCUGUUCGUAAAUAAAUAUGAAGCCGAAUGAAAAGAAAUGUCAAAACAACGGUGCUGUAAACUAAUCAGACUACAGGACAUGUUCAAAAUGUGAUGACUGCAUAGCUACAUUCAUGUUUUUAUCUGUGUACAGUUGUGUUAGCCUCUUUUUUUCAAGUGCAUUAGAACUACUAUUGGACUUGGAUUGUGAACAUGUUGGUGCGUGUGCCCACCAUAGUGUCAUUAGUGUGCCACCAGAAUAGCUAUUGACCUUUUUCCCAGUUAAAAAUAAAUAUUUUAGUGUCACAUUAUGAGAAAUGUAAUUCACCUCUGCAUUUAACUCGUUGUGCAAACAGUCUUCACGUUGUGCUUUGUUGUUUAUCUGGUUCCCUUUCAUUUAACAAUGGAUUUAAAUUAAUGAUAAGUUCCAACUAAACAUGCAGCAAUCCAUUUUCAUUUCUUUGGCUGCCCACGUAGAUUAUACCUUGCAGAGAAAUUGUAAGUGGUUACAAUGUUUAAUUUUUUUACAGUUGCGAGUUGAUUUCUCUGUGCAUCUUUUGGUCGCAUAAAUAAAAAGCCGCAAGUGAGCUCACAUCAAAACAGCAAUAAAAAAAAAAGCAUGAAACCUAUUUGCUGGUGGGAUUCUGACAGGUCAACAGCUGAUCUCUGCACAAGAGUAGUACAUCCCUUCAAGCAUUUCCAAUCUUAACCAGAACCCAACAAAUAGUUUAACGUGGCAAAGGUGCUACGAAUAAUGCAUUUAAAGCUCGUUAAAGCAGAUGCUGGAAAUAAAUAAAUGGGUUAGGGUUAAAAGCAGUCAUAUUUGCUUUUAGUGUACCGUAGAUCCUGAUUCUCACUUUUUUUUCUCUCUCGCAUAUUUAGACUGAACACAUGAUUAACCCAAAACAAAGCUGCUGAUAAAUGCAUGCUUCAUUAUUAUUAGAGCAGACAAACCGAACAGUGACUGUUUUAUGUUUCUGUCUACAAAAAAAGUGAACAUUUUCAAGGCUCUGAGGAAACUUAACUGCAUGUUCUUACACAGGCUUAGAAAUCAGUGUCUUCUUUGAAAUUUUACACUGAUAUGAUGGCUAUCAUUUAGUAUUACCAUACAGGACACUGGCUGUCUAACUAAAUGUAAAGGUUAGCCGUGUUAAAUAUGAUGUGAAACAAAAUGACGUGAGGCAGACGUGUCCUUGAAUUCAGUCCAUUUAAAGGGCUCACACCAGGAUCUGGCUGAGACGAAUCCUGCUAUCCUAAUUUGAGCUUUAAGCACACGAAUCAAUCACAGUAAGUGGUAAAAAAAAAAAAA